GUGCCACUAGUGGACUUCGUUUCAGUCGGAGGAGCACUUCAGACGGAUUCAAACGACGGUUAGGAACAGUCUUCCGGGAGAUACGAUGGAUAACCUUAUCAAGUGCUUAGUGGCAAUGUGCUGCUGUUUGUUCCUGGUACCGCUGAUUGACCAGGCGGAAUCGGCACAGUCGCAAUCGAGAUUCAACGUUAGCUUCUCCCAGCUGGAUUCCUGCGAGAGCAUUUCGAUUCCAAACACAGGAUACGGUUACCGGACCUUUUUCAUGGUCCAUGAGCUGGACAACAACAACAGAAAGGCCGGGGAGUGGUUGCACUUGAAAUUCUACGUUAUGACCAGCAUGGAUGCCCACAUACUGCUCUCGGUGACGAAUCAUCUGCGCGGAAAUGAUCGUGUUUACGAGAUUGUGAUAGGCGCCGGCGGAAAUACGUUUUCCGCUAUCCGAACCGCCAUGGGAUUCCGGCGUGUGGCCACGAAUCACGAUCACAACUUGGUAUCACUUCACGAGCCAACGCCAAUUGAGAUCGUCCAGACCCAGAAUGGCGAGCUGUUUGUUUAUAUUCCCGGCUUCAAGAAGGAACCUCUGCUGCAGUUCAUUGAUGAAUCACCGCUUUCCAUCAAAUACAUCAGUUUCAGCUCGUUUGGCUCUAAUACUGCGCGGUGGUUCUACGACUGCGGAUUCGAUGGUUAUGAAAAGGAAAUAUCUUCAGUGGUGACUGAAUUAAAGCCGGCUCAGAAGCUUUUGAAUCUACUUAACUUUCAGGCGGAGAAUGCCAGCUUGCCGGCAAAUCUGAGCUCCAUAUUAUUCCACUUCCAAACGCGAUCCCUCGCCUAUGAACAAACCAAUUCCUUGUUUCGAACUGGCAUGCAUUUGUUAAUGCACUGGGAGGACAAACGAUUGGGUUGGAAACCAGCAGAGUUUGAUGGCUUGGAAUCUUUUGAGCACCCGGAACUGCAAGUGUGGACACCGCGAAUGAACGUGUUGAAUGGCGCUCUGGAGUCCAUGGGUGAGGUCCUCGUAUCCCACGAACUGAGGGUCUACGCCAACGGAAACAUCACCCUGUAUGCCCACAACUUGCAGCUGACCAGUUGGUGUGUGGAUAGUGCUCGAAACUGGCCAAACGAGCGGGUUACUUGUGACGUCGAACUGGGCCUAAUUGGCCAGGAGGGGCUGAGCAUAGCGCUAGUCUACGAUAAUGAGCGCAACCCCAUCGCUCCCAAUGAGCACGUGAACCUGCCAUCCGGGUGGUCCUUCUCGGAAAUGUCCGUGGUGCAAGUGGGCAACGAUUCGGUUAGGCGAUACACUCCCAAGCAAAUGCUGCAAACCGUCGCCGGCGAUGUGGCCAUCGAGUUCACGGUGCAACGAAACAGAAGCUUCUACAGGGCCAUCUUCUUUUUGCCGAUCUUUGCCUGUCAGUUGUUCUUGAUGAUGUCCUUCGUGCUGGGAUCUAAUUAUAGAAGUUCCCUCAUCUUCAUCGCCAUACUGAUAACUGCCUGGGGUCUAAUGUAUAUGACGCGUCUUGCCUCCCCACACUAUGUUCCUCCUAUAAUGACAGCAUAUAAGUUGGUAAUGAUGGUGGCCACCUAUUGUUACCUCCUGCACAUUUGCAUCAUAUGGUUGGAAUUUUAUCCACCCAGGGCAAAGGCUCCUGGCUGCUUGGUGGCCCUCAUCAAUUCCAAAGCCCUGCGCUGUUUACUGGGGCUGCGAUUAACAGAUUCCAGCGACUUUUGUGAAGUUCAGGAGAAGCCCUGGCAUCAUUUCGCCAAGAUCCUCAACAAUUUUAGCUUCAAUUUGGUGUUCGUUGUGUUCGCCAUUAUUGAUAUUACUUGUGGUAUUUGAAAAAUUGCCUUUUCUUUUAUUUUGCCUUUUAGAAAAUAUAAAUGGAUUCUUAAAUAAAUAAGAAGUAUGUAGAGAAAA